GCGACAAAUUUUAUGCAGUUUUAAGUUAUAAUUGUGAAACCUAUAGACAUUUUUGUACAACCUGCUGUUUAAACCACUAUUAGUAACUUAUGCUAGCUGGUGGUGGUGGUUUUAUAUUUUUUUUGGUUGAAAAAAACAUUUAAUCUUGAGGAAAUUGCGUACAGUUCCUUUUAAUUUUGAGUAAUGUUCUAUCCAAAAGGUAAAAGGCUAACUGUUACUGAUGAUGGUAUCCAGCCACCAGGUUGCAAUUCCAGUUUGGAGGUUCGCAGCAUAAACCUGCUUGAGAACCAGAUGUGUGUUUUUGCAGAUGUCACCCACAGUAGCAGCACUUAACAGUGUAAGUGAUGCCUCACAGCCAUGUGACCUUCCCGUUUCACUCCCGACACACGGGCCAUCACAUGAACUUCCUGUUAUGCUGGUCUAGUGACUGUCGUGAUCUGUAAUCAUUCCAAUUUCCCCCAUUGUCCCCUCUGACUGCUGUUGGCAAUGUAGCUGUCUUGACAAAUGAUACUCAUGUGACAUCUCUGCUUGUCUCACAUGCGCCUAAACCAUGACCAAGUAACCGAGUGGGGAAAACUGUUCCACUCAUGCUUGAACUCUGGACAACUUUCACACACAGACCAGCCUCUAUGGAAGAACUGGAGCCAGAAGAGCAGUUCCUGCGCUACGCCAGGAAUGGAGAUGUAGCCAGCAUUCAGAGGCUCCUUGUGUCCAAAAUCAAGGGGGAGAUGCAGUUUGACAUCAACUGUAAAGGUAAGAGUAAGUCUAACCUGGGGUGGACACCUCUUCACUUAGCCUCCUAUUUCGGACACACCAACGUAGUGGAGGAGUUACUGAAGGUAGGAGCAGAUGUCAACUUGCCAAACAACAUUGGCGAUACUCCUCUGCACAAAGCUGCCUUCACGGGUAGAAAGGAGGUUGUCAUGCUGCUGCUGCACUAUGAUGCAUGCCCUACUGUCAUCAAUGGGACGGCUCAGAUUCCCAAAGAUGUCACUCAAAGUGCAGAGAUCAGAAGCAUGCUAGAAGCGGCUGAGAGGACAGAGGAGAGGAAACAGGAGGAGCAACUUCUAGAAGCUGCACGAGAAGGAGAUAUAGUAACUCUAACUCAGCUGCUGAACAAGAAGAAGGCGCCCGACAUCCAGUGCACAGACCUGCUGGGUAACACUCCGCUGCACUGUGCAGCCUAUCGAGGCCAGAAGCAGUGUGCUGCCAAACUGCUGAGGGGUGGCGCUUGUCCCAAUGUCCAGAACAAGAAUGGCCAGACCACGUUGGACCUGGCCAGCGAUGGCGCCAUGAAGCAGCUGCUGGAGGGCGACUUUCACAGGGGAUUGAGCCGCCACGUUAAGAAGUUUGAGGGACUCCUCUGGAAGAGCUCCAGAUUUUUUGGCUGGCGCUCCUACUGGGUCAUCCUGCAGGAUGGGGUUUUGUCUUGGUACUCGAAACAGUCUGAUGCAGCUGCCAAUGUCAGACGACAAGGCUGCAAGUCCCUCACUCACGCUCACUGUCUGAUCCGAGACAAAGAUAACUGCAUCUUCACCCUAAAGUGCUUCGAUGACAGCGUCCAUUACUUCAAAGUAUCACCUAAAAUUGAGCCCGAGGUGACAAGAAAAGCAUGGCUGGAUGCUGUGGAGGAGCACUCAGCCUUCAGCACUCACUACUGCUCCCAGGAGCAAGGCAGCGAGGAGGAGGAGGAGGAGGAAGGCCUUUCACUGGGGCAGCUAGCUGACUCACUGCAGGCUGCGGAGGCGAGCCACAAGAGGCUGGAUCAGGAAGUGUCAGCUUUACUGUCCAUGAUGAAGAGCGACGGCGGCCUGGAAGAAAGGUUUCCGUCCACCAUAUUGCAGAAACUUCAGGAAAUCUGCAAGCUGUCAAGUGAGACCAGUUCCAACCUUGGCGUCUGUCUUGGACUCUUCUCCAAAAAGGAAGUGGUGCGUAGCAUGAAAUUGGAGCUGGAGGUAGAGAAGAAUAAGAUCCUCUCUGAAGCGCUGCAGACACUGGCCACCGAGCACCACGAGUUGGAGCAGUCCGUCGUCAAGGGAUCGUCACAACGAAGCGUACUCAGCGACGAUGAAUUCCAUGAUGCAGUUUCUGAGUCAGAGUCUGAGCUCUCCUUGAGCGGCUUUGAGACGGUAGCCAGCCACUCCUGGGAGGAGGACGAGGAAGGCUCCGUCAUGUUCGGCAGCCAUUGCAGCAGCCACCCUGACAGCAUGUCGCACGCCGAUCACCAUGACAACAAGGACGAGACUCAACCCAACGGGAUCACCAAGUAUAGGAGCAGCUUACCUGCACCAAUGUUUUCAAGAAAUGACUUCAGCAUUUGGAGCAUACUAAGAAACUGCAUCGGAAUGGAGCUUUCCAAAAUUACCAUGCCGGUGAUCUUCAAUGAGCCGCUCAGCUUUCUGCAGCGUCUGACCGAGUACAUGGAGCACACGUACCUCAUCCACCAGGCCAACAGCUCCUCUGACUCCAUUGACAGGAUGAAGUGCGUAGCAGCCUUCGCCGUGUCCGCUGUGGCGUCCCAGUGGGAGAGGACGGGCAAGCCCUUCAACCCACUGCUGGGAGAAACCUAUGAACUGGUCAGGGAGGAUCUGGGCUUCCGGCUCAUAUCGGAGCAAGUUAGCCACCAUCCUCCUGUCAGCGCCUUUCACGCCGAGGGCCUCCAGCAUGACUUUGUAUUCCAUGGGUCCAUCUACCCCAAACUCAAGUUUUGGGGCAAGAGUGUGGAAGCAGAGCCUAAAGGAGCCAUCACGCUGGAGCUGCCCAGGCAUAAUGAAGCGUACACAUGGACCAAUCCCACUUGCUGUGUUCACAACAUCAUUGUGGGCCAGCUGUGGAUUGAGCAGUAUGGAAGUGUGGAGGUGAUAAACCACAGAACUGGUGAAAAAUGCUGCCUGAAUUUCAAACCAUGUGGCCUUUUUGGCAAAGAACUGCACAAGGUUGAAGGGUACAUUCUGGAUAAAAGCAAAAAGAAGCUGUCUGCACUCUACGGCAAGUGGACCGAGUGCCUGUAUGUCGUCGAUCCCGCCGCCAUGGAGGCUCACAGGAAGAACGACAGGAAAGGAGCAGAGGGCAAAAACAAAAAGGGCAGCGGUGAGGACGUUCCUUCUCAAGCUUGCGACAGCGUGGAGGUGAUUCCUGGCAGCCAGCUACUGUGGAGGAUUGCCCCCAGGCCGGCCACCUCGGCCCAGAUGUAUAGCUUCACUUCAUUCGCCAUGCAGCUGAACGAGCUGCACACGGACAUGGAGCGCGUCAUUCCUCACACCGACAGCAGGAGGAGGCCCGACAUUCGAGCCAUGGAGAACGGGGACAUCGACCUCGCCAGUGAGGAGAAAAAGAGACUGGAGGAGAAGCAGAGGGCCGCUCGCAAGAACCGUUCCAAAUUGGACGAAGAGUGGAAGACGAGGAGUCCCGUGCUUGGCCCAAGGUGGUUUCAGCAGGGCUCCAACCCUCACACCAGAUCCCAGGACUGGCUCUUUACUGGUGGAUACUGGGACAGGGAGUACGCUCAUCUACCAGACAUUUACUAGCAACCACUAUAGCCUCCAUUCUACACACAAGAACAAUAUGCAAACUUUUAACUGUGGCCUUCAACUACUUUUCAAUCAUGUAUUUACUGUGAAAACAAAUGUUCAUAGUGGACUUUUAGCUCGCUCUGUUUGUGUUUGUAUGGUUUUAGUGUGCUACUUUAUCAUUUUAAACAUUCAUAGGUGUUUGUUUUUUUGUCUGCAUGUAAACACACUUUCAACCACCAACAACAGAAAAAAAACCUACAAAUCACAUCUUUUCCUAGGCGGGUAGUUAAAUUGUACCUCUGACGAUAUCAAUGAAACUUGCCUGUUACAACUGAAGACAUCAGGCUCAGCCCGCCACCUCCUGGACAGAAGUAAAAAUGCAGCUAAAAGCAAAAUCUAUUUUGUGGUUUUAGUUGAUGUAGAACUGCAGUGCAUCAUAUUUCAUCCUUCUGUUGUAUACUGAAACAAACACCACGAUGAUGCAGUGUGGUUCAUCAAUCACAACCACAAUCAAAAUAUUAAAUAGCAAUAUGUGUUAUCACUAUUAUUAGUGUAAUAUAAUAAUUAUUCUUAUCAUUAUUACAGAUACUGUGUGUAUAUUGAUUACAGAAAACACAUUGUUUUUAUUGCAAAAGAAAGUGGACUUUUUCAACUCAAUCAGGCAUACAUCCAUAUUUUUUAUUCAUGGUUGCAUCGUUGCAUUUCAUGGGAAAGUGUCUUCCAAUUUUUAAGGACAUUCCUCUGCAAAUGAUUCCUGUUAGGACCAAAUGCAAUUGUUGAAUCAAUAUUGGACUAGUAGUAGUAGUAGUAGUAGUAGUAGUAGUAGAACGCUGACUACACAUCCUCCUCAUGGUGCAGGGCAUCUGCUGAUGUUAACAUGGCCGACCACCCUCGCCCUUGUCUCCAAUGCAACACGCCUGCCGUUAAGCGCCACAUUUCGCAAGCAGCCCACAAACGGGGAUGCCACAGCGGCACCUUCGGCCUGUUCGGCUCCUGAAACAAACACAAAAAAAGAAAGCAAAGAUUUUAUUAUUAUUUUUAAAAAGCUCUUGUCUUUGGGAGACACCAUAGGAUUGUUGGGAUACCUCCAAUGUAAAGGGCUUCCAGUAUCGAGGGGUAGGAGGUGGACACGUCAGGUCCCGCCUUCUUUUUAGAUGUGGAGUCCACCGUUAGCCUGAUAACUCGUUUGUGUUUGGAAACUGAGCACAAAGAAGAAAAUGAAAUGUGUAAUUAUUUACAGAUCAAAGUCAUUUUAUUUAUGUCGUCUUGAGCUCUCCUCCUGCCAGUUAGUAAUGAUAACCACCAACUUGCACUGCAACAUUAACAUUCCUUCACUUCUCAAAUCUUUGUAAUAAAGUUAAUAACACAGUGGAACCUUGAAA